GGCAGCGUCUUCACCAGAUGCAUGGCCACCGCCGCACCAAUACCGCCCAUUAUGACUACCCUCAAGUCUUCCUCGUCCAAGAUAUCCUCCGAGCCCUGGACACCAGGUACGCACACCCUUGAUCUUUCGUCGUCUCUUUUUCGUCAUCUCGUCCCAUCUCAACUACAAAGCAAGAUACCCUCACUAACGCAUGGCCCAUGGUCUCCAGUGUCAACCGUCCCCGUCACCAUCCACGCCUUCCCCACGCUCGCCCCCCGCUCCCUCGAAUCCUACUCGACCAAGCACCUCUACCUCCCCCUCCGCCGCGACCUCCUCCACCUGGCCGUCAUCUACGAAGCCGACGCGACGCGGCAGGGCACCGCCUCGACCAAGACGCGCUGGGAAGUCGCCGGCUCGCACCGCAAAGUGCACCGGCAGAAAGGCACGGGCAAAGCCCGCGUGGGGACCAAGCAGUCCCCCAUCCGGGUCGGCGGCGGCGUGAGCCACGGGCCCAAGCCGCGCGACUUCUCCACGCGGCUGAACCGCAAAGUCUACGACGUGGCCUGGCGCACGGCCCUCAGCUACCGCUACCGCCGCGGCGAGCUGCUCGUGUGCGAGGACGGCAUGGACCUGGCCCUGCCGCGCGACUUCACCACCUUGCUGCGGGGCGGCUUCGUCGCCGACGAGCUGGCGGCUUCGUAUCGCCGGAAAUGGGCCGAGCAAAUCCUCUUCGCGAACCAGUGGGGGAAGCCCGAUGGGCGGACUUUGUUCGUUACCGGGUCGCGCCGCCCGGGGCUGUUCGACUGCAUGCAUGAUGCCGGUAUGCAUGGCCGCUGCCUCGAGGUGUCGGAUGUGGAUGUGAAGGAUCUGCUGGAGGAGGGCCGCGUGGUGGUGGAGAGGGCCGCGCUGCGGGAGAUGUUGGAGAACCACCAGAGCGACCUGGUGAGCAAGAUCUUCAUCAAUGGCCUGUCGCGCAGUGGGCCGCCUAUUGGGGAGCCUCUGGUUGCCUGAGUUCUUCCGUCUUUCUGUACAUGAUUACGGGGAUAUCGACGUUGGGGAGUGAUGUACGUUCGGAAGAGGAGGGACCGAAAGGGACGGACGGGGGAGUGUGGGUGUCACUUCCCCUCGCUUUGUUAAGACACGUACCGUACCGGUCUUCUUUUCAGCAUACACACAUGUUGUAACAAUAUUGGACGGAGACGGGCUUGUCGUUGUUGGGGGUGGUGAGCUCGGAGGAUAUCAAUUACCUUAGGUAAGGUAGGGUGCUGUGUUGAGCUGUACAUGUACUUGUAGGAACAAGAAGAGCUCGUGCCAACUUGUACUGCGCUUCACUGUAGGUGUGCGUCUCAUGAAUGUAUAGGUACUCGCACACGAUUGAGCUUCUUGACUGGAACAUACCUAGGUACGGUAGCCCCUGGCGAUGAGCUCCUUUCACUGUCGUAGGGAGAAACAACGGCU